AUGUGGCCAGAAGAUCUGUUCUGGCGGCGACGUUACUCGAAGCGAGCGGGUGCGAAAUUAUGGCUUUUCGCUGUCAAAUCGGGGUUGAUAAAGGUGGUCGAGAUUGAGGUUGAAGGGACGCCUGCGACUAAGAGGAGGGGCGGCGGUGUGGUUAGAUGGGAGAGUAAAGUCGUGUUAAGUCCAACCGACGGCACGGCCCUUGCCCCUUGA